AGAAGACCGCGCGGUGCUUUGCUCGCAAAGAAAGAAGAAGAGAGGGGAGGCAGCGUAGAUUAGAAGAAGAUCACACAAGAAGAAGAACAGCGCGAGCGAGCUCGAGCGCGGGGAUGGAUCUGCAUGUAGGGAUGGGCGGCGGCAGCGGCGGCAAUGCGUUUGGAUCGGUGUCGGCCGACAGCGGGAGCUGCGACAGCCCGACAAGCAUGGGGGCGCUCCACAAAUUCCUGCCCUCCAACAACGAGGAUUCGUGGUCGCCGGAGCACCUCUACGCGUGCGACGAGUUCCGGAUGUUCGAAUUCAAGGUCCGGCGGUGCAUGCGCGGGCGGAGCCACGACUGGACAGAGUGCCCCUUUGCGCAUCCGGGCGAGAAGGCGCGGCGGAGGGAUCCCCGCCGCUUCCACUACUCGGGCACGUCGUGCCCCGACUUCCGCAAGGGCUGCUGCAAGAACGGGGACAGCUGCGAUCUGGCGCACGGCGUGUUCGAGUGCUGGCUGCAUCCCGCGCGGUACCGCACCCAGCCCUGCAAGGACGGCCGGAAUUGCAAGCGCAAGGUGUGCUUCUUCGCGCACACGCCCGAGCAGCUGCGCCUCCCAUCGCCCACUUCUUCGUCUUCCGCUUCUUCGAUCUCUUCUGCCUCCUCACCGCCGCUCUCGCCGGUGGACAACUCGCCGCCGCUCUCGCCGUGCGGUACGCCGCGCGGCACGCCGCCGAGGGACGCCGCGCUGCUCAAGUCCAUCGCGCAUGCCGCGGCGGUGGCGGACGCGCACGCGCUGCUGGCCGCCGCCGCCGCGGUGCCGCAGCGGCACGUGGCGGCGGCGCUGGAGAGGAUGAAGUCGAUGCCGCACGUCACGGCGGCCGCCGCCGCCGCCGCGGCGGUAGAGGCGGAUCGACGGUCCAGGCUGCUGGGGCAAUCGCUGUCGUUCAAUUCGCGCACUAGCAAUGCCGCUAGCCUGGUGGCGGCACUGCACAGGCAGAUGGAACUCAACGAGCCCGGGGUGGGAUAUUCCGUGCCGCCUGGGGGAUAUUCGUCCCCGCCCGUGUCGCCGUCGCCCUAUGGAAGAUCUCCUCUCUUUCGAUCGAAUGACUGCGCGCGAUCGCUCUCGCCGUCGCUGGGCAUGGGAUCGCCCAGCAUUUGGAGCCGGACUGCGAUCGACGACGAGUACUACGCGCAGCGAUUCGAUCAGUCGAAGAAUCUGGCCGAGUGUGGCGGCGAGAAUUGCCCCGAUCUGGGAUGGGUGAACGAGCUGGUGGCAAUCAACUGAAGAGGGGAGAUCGCCCAGCUUGUUGGAUGGAAGGAAGGAGCGUCCCUCUUGCGAUCGAUCGAGCGACGAUUAAAAUCGGGUGCUAAUUUUCGUUUUUUCCCCCUUUGCUUCUUUGGAUGGCACAAAGUGUAAAUCCCAAUUCUCCUCCCCCUGCCGAUCUCUUCCUUCUUUUUCUAAUUGCCUCGCAGGUAAAUUCCUCUUUCAUUAUUUUCCUUUGGUUUUCCCCUAUGAUUUGCUGCCGUUGAGAGAAGAGAUAAUUGUAAAUGUUUUGGAAAUGGUAAAAAACCGAUUUUUUAUAAGUUA